AUGCCUAAGGUGGAAUAUCAGGGUCAAAAGGUCUCCCACAAUGGACUGGAGGCGAACCCGAAAGAUCUGUCGGUGCUGACGGAUCUAGCAUUUCCUGGAUCCCUUCGAUCCAUGCAGUCAUUCUUAGGAAGUCUGAAUUACUAUAGUCGAUUUUUUGAAGACUACGCGAUCUAUGCGUCAGUUCUGUAUGAAUUGCGAGAACUUGGCUUUGUGGCGAUGACAAAGGAGGCUACCCAAGUGCGGAUCCAACAAGUACUGGAAGUCGAGGACGCAGAUCAAGGAUCGCAGGGAGACCGGGGUGGCGACCACCGAAAGGCCUUGGAUCUGGAGGCGUCAGACCCUAUUGAGGUGGAUCCGUGUUGGAUCCAUGCCCAUCGGUCCUUUAACGUGCUUAAAACCAGGAUUGCUACCACUCCGAUCUUACGACACUUUGACCCAGAUCGGAAGGCCACAGUGGUGGUGUACGCAAGUGAUUGGACCAUCUCGGGUGCAUUGAUGCAAGAAUACGACCAGAUCUACUACCCCGUGACGUUUGCGAGCCGUACUCUGAAGUCGAACGAGCUAAACUACGGGAUCGCGGAGAAGGAGGUAUUAGCCCUUCUGAGGAUCCUGGAUCUUAACUAUAAUGCGCUGGUCGGGCGUCCGAUCCGUGUGUUGACCCGACACUCUACUUUGGCGUGGCUCUUCAGAUCCAAAGCCUUGCAGGGACGUUUAGGUCAGUGGGCUGCUCUACUGUCGCCAUGGACUCUCGAGAUCACAAAGUGCGUCAAAGGGGAAGAUGAGAUCCUGGGAGCAUUGGCGGCGAGCAUUACGCCUAGAUCACAGGUGGAUAAGGCGCUGAUCUCGAUUGCCCCUAAGAAGGAGCCACGGCGCAAGAUCCAGGCUCCGAUCCCCACUAUUAGACAAGGACCUAUAUGUUGUGAGUUUCGAUGGAUCGGCCCGUGUCGAGAGAGGUGGAGUCGCCUACAGCGCUAUCUUGUGGAAGCUGCCCGAAUGGAGAGUGUUGAAAGCUAG